AUGGGUCUGUUACCCCAGGUCAAACUGUACCUGAACCCAUGGGGAAACUAUGAAGACUUUCGGUAUCACACGUCCGCUCAAAGACAGAACUUUAUCAUAAGUCGAUUGAAAAAUGCAAGACGAAGAGAAUGGCUUUGGGUCGUGGUCGUGGCGGGGACGGGUUUCUUCGCCGAUGCGUACUUUAUCUUCUCCGUCAAUAUGGUCACUCCUAUUCUUAGUGCUGUCUACUGGCACAAGAUCAAACUCAAAUCCAACACCUUACACAACUACCAAGUCGCCCUUGCCAUUGCCACCUUGGGCGGUGCGCUGGUCGGCCAGAUCCUCUUCGGCAUCGCCGCAGACAUCUGGGGACGUCGUAAGAUGUACGGAUGGGAACUCAUCAUCCUUAUCUUCAGCACCCUGGGCAUGUCGAGGGCGUCAUCGGGACAAGAUAAUUCCAUGUCGAUGAUCGGAGUUGUACUCUCUGGCGGUUCUUCAUGGGCGCUUGCCCCUACGCGUAUCAGAGGCCGCAUGCUGGCAGUUGUGUUCCUCUGUCAGUCCUUAGGAGAGGCAGCAGCCGCCGUCGUGGCGCUCAUCGCCGUGGCUGGCUUCCGAAACAGCCUCCCAGAUGACCCGAGCAGUCUCGAAUCCUUCGUGGCGAUCUGGUUCCGGAUGACGAUCAUCGAAUCACCGCGGUACACUGCGGAUGUGAUGAACAACAGCCUGCAAGCUGCUGCCGAUGCCUCUCAGUUUUGUCGACCAACAGAGCUACCAGCAACAUCGAUGUCUAGCCUAGGGACAGACUCGAUGUCGCUUACCCACACUCGAACACACGAAGGACACACUAUCUCGCCGAUGAUAUCCCGCGGCUCUGACUGGGGAGUCAGCGAAUCGCUCACAAAUCCCCGUCUGAGUAUGUGGAAGGACUUUAGAGCAUUCCUCAAUCGGAUCCAUAAUCUUCGCACUCUGGUUGCCACUUCUUUAUGCUGGUUCUGUCUCGAUCUUCCCUUCUAUGGUCUGGGUUUGAUGAACGCAGAGAUCAUCAACACCAUCUGGUACGGACAGGCCAUUCAGCCAGCUGGCGUCUACCAGUACCUUCUUCGUGUCUCCUACCAGAGCAUCGUAGUCAUCUCGUCUGGUGCCAUUGUUGGCAGUGCCAUCGCCGCCAUGACGGUUGAUCGCAUCGGGAGGCGAAACCUGCAGCUACUGGGCUUUGGCUGGUUGUUCAUACUUAAUGUGAUCAUCAGUGCGGCCUUUCGGUAUUUGAGUGAGCAUGGGGAUGCCUCAGCUUUGGUUGUGCUUUAUGUGUUGACACAGACAUUCUUCAAUUUUGGACCGAAUACUACUACUUAUAUUGUUCCUGCAGAGCCUUUUUUAACCCGCUUCCGCUGCACCUGUCAUUCUAGCGCAGUGCUUUCUGGGUUAUGUGGACUUUGGCAGUGGUGCUAACUGGCGAAAUGUACCAGCUUGGCUGGGCUAUGCUCUUCUCUGUCUGUCCUUCUUCAUGCCGAUGGGAUUGAUCACCACACUCUGGAUCCCAGAUACCAGGAACUCAAACGGGAACAACAAGUCUUUGGAGCAGAUAGCUGCAGAGAUGGAAUCCAAGCAGGAGCUGGGGCGGGAUAUUGAGACCAUUAGUUUUCACUCGCAAGAAAACAAAGGAGCUUGAGAUAUGGUCUUCGUAUUGUGGCUCUGCAUGCUGCUUCUUCAUCUUUUCCUUGACUUGUGCUCUUACCGUUAUGUAUGAGAAAGAGGAAGCCAGAAG